AUGGCCGAUUCCGAGAGCGGCUCCGGCGAGAACCAGACCAUCUCUGAUGGGUUCAUCCUGGUGGGAUUUUCCUACCUUGGCGAGCUGCAAAUCCUUCUGUUUCUGGUGCUUCUGGUCCUCUUCCUGGUCACCCUGAUGGGGAACCUGCUCGUUAUCCUCCUGAUAAAGCUGCACCCCUCCCUCCACACCCCCAUGUAUUUCUUCCUGGUCAACCUGUCCUUCUCGGAAAUCUGCUUCACCACCAGCGUGGUCCCUCAGCUGCUGGUUCACCUCCUGGUGGAGGAAAAGACCAUCUCCCUUGCGGGCUGCACCGCCCAGAUGUACGUCUCUGGCAUCAUGGGCCUCACAGAAUGCUGCCUUCUCUCAGCCAUGGCCUACGACCGCUUCGUGGCCAUCUGCCACCCCUUGCACUACACGACCAUCAUGAGUGGCCGGGUGUGCGCCCAGCUCGCGGGGGCAUCAUGGGCCAUCGGCAUCUCGGUGGAAGUAGCUCUGUUCACGUGGCUCUUCAGCCUGCCCUUCUGCGGAUCCCACCGCAUCCACCACUUCUUCUGUGACGUCCCUCCCAUGCUGAAGAUGAUCUGCACCGACACAUCGAAGAUUAUGAUGGUCGGAUUCACUGUGUCGGUGCUGUUCAUCUUGGGCCCUUUUUUGCUGAUCCUCCUGUCCUAUAUCUGCAUUCUUUCCACCAUCCUCAGGCUGCCGUCGGCGGAGGGGAGGCGUAAAGCCUUCUCCACCUGCUCUGCCCACCUCUCGGUGGUGACGUUGUUCUACGGAACGGCCCUCGUCACCUACCUGGUACCCAAGUCUGGCUCCACCCCCGAGAGCGAUCAAAUGAUUUCCCUCUUGAACACCAUGGUGGCCCCCGUGUUGAACCCCGUCAUAUACACGCUGAGGAACAAGGAGGUGAAGGGCGCCUUGAGAAAAGCAAUAGAGAAAAUCAUCUUUGCUCACCACCGGAGAAACCAGAGAAUGGAACGUUGA